AUGGAAUUUAAUUUUGUGAAAAGUGUGUGCGUGUGUUGUUUGUUGUGGCACCUGGUGGCCUGUCAAGUUCAAACCAAGACGGAUACGCGCAUCUCAUGGAUACUUGAACUGCAACGUCUGCGUCAGGAGUUGCGGGACUGCUUCAGAGCCAGCCAAGCCAUUUGGCCCUGUUUUCGGGCGCGCAGCUUGCGCAGCUUUGAGAAGAUUAUGCGAGCCCGGGAGAUACCGCUCUACGAGGGUGUACGCCUCAUAGCAGCCGCCAAUGACAGCAGUAUACAGGCCAGAAUCCAAAUGAGUGAGGAACGUAAGGAUCUCAAGCAUCUAACCUGGUUCGAUCAGCUAGCUGUUAGCCUGGCUAAGGGGCUGACAACCCACACUCUGCAGAUCAACUUGGCGCAAGUUACUGAGCGCUAUUUGAAUAGCCUGGACAGGGGAGCUGCUGCCGAUCCUGUGGGCAGUGCGCGAGUUCGUCGUCAUCGCUAUAAUAUGAUCAUCACCAUGAUGUUUGGCGUCACCGCACUAGGUGCUGUGCUCGUGCCCAUGGGCUUCCAAAUGCUAUCCAUUGUGAGCGGCAAGGCGCUGCUGCUGGCCAAGAUGGCGCUGCUGUUGGCCUCCAUCAAUGGCCUAAAACGUGUGGCCAAUAGCGGGCUGCAUUAUGGCCUAUAUCAUGUGCCUGGUGAUCAUUAUGGCGGGUAUUAUGAUCGCGGCGAUUUGAAUCAUCCACGUAAUGUGCCUUUACCCGUUGCCAUGGCGCCAACACUGGAAAUGGGAAUGAAGUGA